AUGCUGCCUAACAAAGUGGGCAAACAGCUGGGUCACCCCACGUAUUCUUUAACUGGAUGGUUGGUGACCAAGUUCUUUAAAUGGCACAAUCAGAUUUUGGAGGAGAAUGCGGUGAAACUGAGCAACAUGCAACCCAAAGACACGGUGCUGGAGCUCGGCCACGGGCCGGGCUUCGGUCUGCAGGCGGCGGCGCAGCUCCUCACGGCUCCGGAGGGGAAACUGCUCGGUGUGGAUUACUCUCAAUACAUGCAUGAGAUGGCCAGUAAGCGCAUGAAGGAGCAGAUCUCCAGAGGAAAGGCUGUGCUGUAUUGCAGUGAUUUGGUGGCCAUGCCGAUAGAGGAAAACACGGUUGACAAGGUGUUUCACUGCAACUGCUAUUACUUCUGGCCGGAUCUGAAAGCAGGCGCGAGAGCGAUUCACAGAGUGAUGAAACCAGGUGGAACUAUGGUUACAGCUCUCAGGCUAGAUAGUGUUAAAAAAGUAGCCUCGAAGAACAUGUUUAGCGGGGAGAGCUGGCGUCCUGAGGUCUACAUGGAAGCACUGCAGUCCUCCGGAUUCACAGAUGUCCGAAUGGAGAAUAAAAGAGAGAAUCUCAUCACAUUUCAAGCUAUUUUUGCCACUGCUGUGAAAUAAAUUCCUGUGUAAUGUAAUAUAUGCCCUUCCACAAUUUUUAUGAUUGAAUCUGAAUUAGAUAAAUCCAGCAAGAAUAAAUAUUGCCAAUGACUGACAUGAUACAUUAUAUCUAUAUGAGGUGCAAACAUUUCUCAAACAAUGACAAAAAUAGCCUACAAAACCAUUGUUUUGACCAACAUAAGGUAUUAUGGAAAAUUUAA